AUGUCUAACGAAAACACUUUAGAUUUACAUUACGUUCAUCAAAGUUUUCAAAGGAGCCUAAAAGAAGAAGACGACGUUAUAAUAGAGGCAUAUAUAGACGGAUAUAAUGAACUUGUGAAGUUCUUAAACCUGAUCGGAACAGUGUUUUCUUUCGUAAGCAGUGAUGUGAAGAGCAAAAUUAAGGUGAUGGAGAAACAUAGAGAAGGAGAUGAUGCCAUUUACUACGAGUCUUUUAAAAAGAUGAUGAAGUAUGAAAAAGAAACUAGUUUGCACGAAAAGAACGGAUUUGUUUCCGGUUCUAGGACUAUGCUUCGAUUACAUAGAGGUUUAGAUUUCAUCAGAUUGUUUCUGAAGCGUCUAAGUGAUUCUGAUGAUGCAGUUAAUACAUGUACAACAUGUCAGUGUUCAUACAAUGAAACGCUUGCGGAAUUUCAUCCGUGGUAUAUCAGAAAAGCAGCAACGUUAGCCAUGCAUGCUUUGCCAUCAAGACCUGACUUACUAAAAAAGGUUUUCGGCUCAGACGAGAAGUUAACAGAAGCAAUGGCAGUAUUGCCACAAACAUUGCAAUCGUGCGACGAGGUCUAUCAACGGGUACAUCAAUUGUACACCUCUUUCGAUUUCCACGGAUUGCCAUAG